GCAGCUUAGGAUUAGUAAAUCAUAGUUAUACACAAUAAAUUUAGUAAAUAGUAAGAGACUAAUUGAUUUUUCACGGUACAAAAGGUUUCCUACAUUUCAAACAUACACUAUUUUCCUUUAAAUUAGACAAAUAAACGUUUUCAACAUGUCAACUGCUAUGACUUUCGGCCAGAAACAAUUUAUUCCAACUCCACCAGAUAAGGGAAGUUUUCCCUUGGAUCACGAAGGAAUUUGCAAGAAAACUAUGGUUCGCUACAUGAAAUGUUUGAUUAAUAACAAUAGCAAUAACUCAUUAUGUCGUGAUGAAGCUAAGGAAUAUUUGGCAUGUAGAAUGGAGAAUAAUUUAAUGGCUAAAGAAGACUGGAAUAAUUUAGGUUUUCAAGAAAAUAAAGAAGAGCGAUAGUCAUUUAUUAUCUUACUAGCUCUUAUUUAUAAUUACAGUGUAGGUGAGGUUUUUUAAAGUAUUAAAUAGAAUGUACAGUGUGCUUAAUUUAUGAAAUUAAAUAAAUGUUUUGUGAAUA